UGUAACGGUUUGUAUAUAGUUAAAUUCCUGCUUAAAUGGGGUAAGCGCCAUCUGCUGGCGUCACUUGGUAUUGCGCCACGGUGUUAAAAAUAGCGAAUUCUGGGUAAUCCACAGCAGAAUUUCCGGUAACUGCUGUGGUAAGUCGCAUGUUAAACGCUGCAGAGACAAAAAUAGCCUAAGUGCCUUAAAUAUCACUACACAAUGUUUAUUUCACUGUAUUUUUGUAAUAAUGUAAUUAAGAGAUGUAUGCUGUUUGUCUGAUGUUGAGUGAGUCACUAGUUUAGAGUUUAAUGUUAUAUGUAGCACAUGUUGCAUGGCUGCCGCUAAUGAUAUUCCUCCAUCUGAUUUACUGUGUGUUGUGUAGGGCUGUGUUUUAUUCUCUGUUUGCGAUGUCAUGCCACUCCUGAUUCGUUUUGGUUUCCCCGUGUGCAGAUGUUCCAUAUACACAACAAGAGUAAUAAAUAGAGGACCGUCACAUUGGUGCCGUGACUGUGAGUGAGUGGACGUCUGCCUGCCAUUGACGGACCGCUGUAGCUGUGGCCUUGUUCGGACAUCGUGGACUGUAGUUUCCUGAAGAGGACAUCUUUCUGUUAUCCUUUGCACAUUGAAAAAGGACUCUACAUGAUCUGAUAAUUUUUUUUAAAUACUUUGAUUAUUUUGGGUCAGUUUUCUUUUGUUAGUUGAUCUGUUUUGGGUUUUUUUUAGUAUAGUCACAAUGAGCGAAACAGGACUUGAUUCGCCAGUUCAUACUCCAGCUUCUGUUGGUAGGGGGAGAGGUGUACUGCAGAUACCUGCUUCCUUUCUUGGUAGUCCUGUUGUUGGCAGUAAUGUUGCAUUAGGAGUGAAUAGAGUUGACUUUUCAAUGGGACCCCCUGACAUUACUGAUAUGCGCAACCCACACAGGCAACCAGUCACUAGCUCGACACCACACACUGAACAUGUUGCCUCUGAUUUGUUAGAUCAAGUAGGCUCAAUUGCUCUAAUGAUUGGAGAACAGAUAGCCGACAGUAUUAUAUCUCGUCUCAACCCACCGAGUUUGGAGUCAGACACACAGAGCAACCCACAUACUGGCAGAACCACUCUGACUCGACCUUCCAACAAUUCAGAUAUAUCCCAGGCUCACUUAGUCACACACAGGACCGUCAAAGAGCCUCCUUCCUUCAGAGGGGAUGGAUCUGACUCAGUUGACAUAGAGGAGUGGGAAGACCUGAUGAGGGCUUUUGUUAAGAAGGGAAAUAUGAAUACUGCCGAACAUGUUGAGGAGAUACUUGUUCAUCUGCGGGGCAGAGCAAAGGAUGUAGUAAAAUUUUGGAUUAGGAACAGCGAAUCUGACACCCAGACCAGCCCCAAUGCCAUCUACAGUCUCCUCCGUAAGCAUUUCAGUUGCAGUCAGUACUCACAAGUUCCCCUCUCUGACUUUUACACCACUUUGCCUAAUGAGAAUGAAGAGCCUUACGAUUACUGGUUGAGGUUAAACAAAGCAGCAGAUGUAGCCUCUGAAUGCCUGAAGGAGCAAGGCAAAUCAUUUGAUAAUCCAGGUACAGAGAUUGCCCACAUGUUUAUCCGCCAUUGUCCCAGUAAAGAUUUGACUCUGACCUUUCGAUCCAAGUCCAUUGACAAAUGGUCCGCCCAUGAAGUGCAAGCUGUGUUAAAUGCCCAUAAAUCAGAGUCCAGCUCCAAGCCUGUUAGCACGACAUGUUAUGGAAGGCCUGAUAAAACAAAUGUUUGCAAAGUUGAUGUUAAUGCAGCUUCUGUCGCUUGCAAGGAUUCUGGAUCACAGCAGUGUGGAUCUACAGAGCAUGCUAAUCUAGAGAGAGUGAUCGACAUGCUAGAGAAAGUUUUAAUGCGCAAUUCCUUCACACGACAGCCUAGCUCAGGUCGACGCUAUGGCAGACUCCCAAGGAUUGAUGGUUUAGACGUCUUACCUUGUGCUAUCUGUAACGAUGGAGCUCACUCUGCUCUAGUCCACUGCCGUGAGCAUCGCUUGUGUUUUCAGUGCCUGUCACCUGGCCAUGCCCGACGCAACUGCCCUGUGCCACGGGCUACUCUACCCCCGUCCAGUCAGGGAAACUAACAGAUCUGCGUGAGGGGGAGGGCAGCGUAGAUCUAAUUAGUCAGCCUCCUAUCUGUGAUACUGAGGAUUGUGAGUCUGUAUAUGAAGUACAGAAAAGCAUUGCCCCUUCUGAAAAGACUGUUAUUUUUCAAUGCUUGCAGCACGUUCCCAUGACUGAUAGUCUGUUCUAUACCCCUGUGUCUGUCGAGAAUGGUCCAACACUGAAAGCACUGAUUGACAGCGGCUCUAUGGCAUGCACUAUAAGCGAAACAGCAGAAGCUAACUUGUUGGAAGCCAAUCCUAACCUGAUAAAGACUCCAGCGGAUAAUGUCGUCGUUGUUGGAUGUGGAGGUCAUAGAGUUAACCCCACAGGGAUAUAUGAUGUCACAGUCUCCGUUUAUGGAUGUAAAAUGAUGCUCUCUGUUCUGGUUGUGACAGGUCAGACAGAAGAACUCAUUAUUGGCAGCAAUGCUAUCAAACCGCUGUUGACUCUACUGAGGUCCACUGGCAGCUACUGGAAGUUGAUGAACAUGCCAAGCGGAGAUG